UUCUCACUAUAUCGUUGUUCCUCACUCAUUAUAUUCUCUUCGUUGCUCGUUGAUGGACGGCAAGAAGAACGCAUUGGUGGCGGCCGAGCCACCGAUGUAGCUUCACUACAAUUCCACCUCUUUCCUUCCACCUUCCGUCUCUUUGUGGGACACCACGACGAGUCAUCUCUCUUGCGCUCGUCAGUUGUAAAACGCUUCCCGUCGGUGAAGCGUCUCUCUUCUGAGCGAUCUUCCGAACACUCUCAUCAUCCCGCAAAUAUUUCCGAGUGUACACACCGUUUGAUAUAUGCGGUCGGCUUGAGUGUAUCCGUUUCAAAGAUCAGAGUGUAUUCGGUGCGAUCGAGAUCGCAGGUUACGCGGGAACAGGAAGAAAACCCGGCUCAAAUGCGACACGCGGCAAACGAGGACAUGAAAGAGACAUUGGUAAAACAAGAGAUCAAGAUGGAAUGGGACGGUCACCGCGCGGAAGAUAAUUCGUCCCAAGUUCCCAGAACGGAAGAUCGAACAGCCGGAAGUCCUCAAAGCGUGAUAACGACCAGAAGACACGUAAGAACAAUUACGACCGCCGGCCAUAUAACCGAGGGGAUCGCCGAGGUUGAUCCGGAAUCGCCAGACUCCAAUCCGGUCACCGGGAACCUUCAGGGACUUCAGCAGAGAAACGAGCAACACGAGCAACAGCGCAAUUAUCAAGAGGAACAGCAACGAACGCAGCAACACUACGUGCAGAUUUCCCAUACGGGCACCGCUGAGGAUCAACAACGAUCGACGGAACAGCAGCGCGUCGUUUACGUCACCACGACCAACGGACAGGAGGUUCAGGUCGAAGUCUCCGAAACCCCCGAGUCUACCCCCACACUUACGGUCACCAAGGAGCCGCCCAGAUACGAGACACCCGCGCCAGACAGAAUGGGAGUGGAUCGGAUAUACGCUUAUUCCGACGGUCACGAGGUCCGAAGGGACAAUCACGUGAUCACCGUACAAGUACCCGACCACCGACGGACCCAGCAGGCCGGGCAUCAAAGAUACAGCCCGCACGAGAAUCAUCAGCCGUCCGGGACGAGAUACCAAACGUCGCCGGUGCUAACGACGACGGAGGAUUACGACACGUCGGCGAUCGUCACGCAGUCAGGCUCCACGGUCCAUCUCGGAUCACCCGCGCCCCCGUACUCUCCACCGAUCGACGGUAUACGCGCCGGUCAUCAGCAGCAGCAGCAGCAGCAGCAGCAGCUCGUCGCGACGAGCUACGCCGACGCCGUCAGCAACGUCGUCAAGUACGACGCUGAGGCCGCAGCCGCCGCGGAGUCCAUCAAGGCGCCGAACACGUACACCACGCUGGAACCGGUCGCCAUUCCGCCCACGCCGCAGACCGUCCAGUACACGCAGUAUUUGUCGGCCGGUGAGACCUUUCAACAGGCGCCGACUUAUAGUUACGCCAAGCCGGGAGACCCCGUGAUCCUGGCGUAUCCGUCAGCGGCGCAACUUGGUUCGAGAGUCACCGAGGUAGAAUCAACCGGCAGCGCGUACAUGAAAAGCGAUCCCACAUUAGCAUCGUCCCUGGCCGCCACCCGAACGCUGCACUAUGAGCAACCCGGCUCACCAAGCUCCCAGGUGACUCUGUACACGGGAGCGCCGUCGUAUCAGUACGUGAAAUCCUCGUCGGGUGAUCCUUACUGGCCAGGCGGCAGCACACCGUCACCCCCGACUUUGGAAUACGUCCAGAGCUACCCGAUCUCCGCGAUAUCCGUCAACGACACCACGAACGUGCAGCUGUACCCCAACUGUGGCGGUGGGUACAGCGUUUCCACGAGCGGGAGCGGACCCCCCGGGUGGACCACCCUUCCGCUUGCCGGUGCCGACGAGGCGUUCGACGGAACCGUCAUAGCGACGGAAACCAAAGAGUGUGUCAACUGUGCGGCGAGCAUGACACCGUUAUGGAGAAGGGAUGGCUCUGGUCACUACCUCUGCAACGCUUGCGGGAUCUACAACAAGAUGAACAACGGCCUGAACAGGCCGCCCAUGCGAUGCUCGAAACCGAAGCAGUCGGUUGCACCGGUAAACAAUGCUAAUGUGCGGAGGGUAGGAGUACAAUGUGCGAAUUGUAGGACAAGUAACACAACCCUCUGGCGACGAAACAACAAUGGCGAACCGGUCUGCAAUGCCUGCGGCCUUUAUUUCAAGCUGCAUAACGUGAAUAGGCCUUUAAGUAUGAAAAAGGAAGGAAUACAGACGCGGAAGAGGAAACCGAAGAAUCACUCGAGCAUCACUGGAAAUCUAGCUGGUCCUAGCGGUAUCCACAAGGCCGAUAUCAAGUCCAGUCUACUUGUGGACUCGUUGCAGUUGAACAUGUACGCAAGCGGGGGUGGGGGUGGUGGAAGGGUCGAAGAGCAUUGUCUUUCUGUAGGUACACCAACUGGAACACAAUUAGGGCAUGCACACUCGCCUCUCGCAUUACCCACCGCCGCCGUAUUGAAUCGCCAAACUACCCUUACCGUGCCACCACUAGAACCAAUCACUAGUCAAUCCAGCAGCGACAUCACCUCGGUUAUAACGUCAACUACAGCCGCUCAUGCUGAGAAGUCGUGAAGGCAUUCUGUUCUGUAGAGUCUGUAGAAAUUCUGUACUUGCCGACUGUAGCUCUAAUAUGAACGUAUAUCGACCUUACUAAAUUUCGACCAGGAUUGGAAAAGUUACUUUUUGCAUACACACAUUACGUCAAACAUUUAAAUCAAUUACGUCAUUUACAAGUUAUACUCAAGCCUUUCAAGUUACACUAAAGUUAAAAAAUUAAUAUUUCACAUAAUUAUAAAACUUGGAAAACUUUCGGCUACUUGCCAUAUUAAAAUGCAGCUUUUAUAACAGCACGAUAAUGACCAAUGGCCGUUAUAAACAAUAAAAAAGUAAUUUGGACGGUUAUCCUCAGAAUUCAACACAAAAACGAGAAAUUUACGAGAAAUUAUAAAUUUUAUAACAUCUAGUCAAUAAUUGCUUUUCUUCUACUUAUCACAAAUUUUAGAAAAAUUUAAU